CACAGGCAGCGAAAAAUAUCCCCUCCUCACUCCAUAAACUAUGGCUUCCCUCUUUCCAGCAACAAUAUGUCUUCUUCUAUUCAUUAUAGGUGUCGCCGCCGCCGCUGGGAAAGUCCCGGCGGUGAUCGUGUUCGGGGACUCCUCGGUGGACGCCGGCAACAACAACCAGAUAUCGACAGUGCUGAAGAGCAAUUUCCGGCCAUAUGGGCGUGACUUCUUCGGGGGCCGGCCCACUGGGAGAUUCUCCAACGGCCGUAUUCCGCCGGACUUCAUCUCUGAGGAUUUCGGGCUGCGGCCGAUUGUGCCGGCGUACUUGGAUCCGCAGUACAACAUGUCGGAUUUUGCUGGUGGGGUUUGCUUCGCUUCUGCUGGUACUGGUUUUGACAAUGCUACGUCUAAUGUACUUAAUGUGAUACCACUUUGGAAAGAAGUGGAGUACUACAAGGACUAUCAGAACAAACUGAAAGCCUACUUGGGAGACACAAAAGCCAACUAUAUAAUCAAUGAGGCACUCUACAUCAUCAGCUUAGGCACAAAUGACUUCCUGGAGAAUUACUACUCUCUCCCAAGCACGCGUUCAAAAUACACUGUUGACCAGUUCCAGGAUUUCCUCAUUGGGGUUGCGGAGACGUUCAUUAAGGAAAUAUACAGUCUGGGAGCUCGGAAGAUGUCACUUACGGGGCUCCCACCGAUGGGGUGCCUGCCCCUCGAGAGGACCACAAACUAUGUGAACGGGAAUGGAGAUAAGUGCAUGGAUGGGUACAACGAUGUUGCUCUGCAUUUUAAUGCGAAGUUGAGUGAUUUGGUUAAGAAGAUGAACGAUGAAAUGCUGGGAAUUCGGGUUGUUUUCUCGAACCCUUACGACGUUUUUAUGCAGAUCAUUCGCGAGCCUUCUACGUUUGGAUUUGAAGUAGCAUCAGUGGCUUGCUGUGCCACAGGAAUGUUUGAGAUGGGAUACUUAUGCGAUGAUUUGAACCCAUUUACAUGUAGCGAUGCAAAUAAAUACGUAUUCUGGGAUUCUUUCCAUCCAACACAGAAAACGAGUCGGAUCAUAGUUGAUUACUUAAUGAAGCAUAGCUUGCAUGAAUUUUUAUGAAAAUUCUAUGUUAUAAUUAUUGCUUCACUCUUCCAUUAAUUAUUAAUUAAGUCGAUGUGUCGUAUGAAUUUAUAUGUCGAUCUGUAUAAAAACAGUGGAAUGUAGCUAGUUGUAGUGCAUAAUAAUAUUGUCAAGUCGAUUUGUUCUCGAGGUCAGUCGGAUAAGUAGGUAUGGGUCUAGUCCGGAUCAGAUUUGGCUGAAUAUAAUCAAUAACAGAGUGGGUGUAUCGCAUUUGCCACGUGAUACCACAAGUAUAUUGCACUUGUUAUAUGAUUGUUCAAAUUUAGUCGAAUCGGAUUCGAGCUAAAAUUUCCCAACGUUGGCAAAUUUAGUGUGAAGGGGUUUGAUCAUAGAAAAGAAGUUGAUAUAGGAGGAGAAAUGCUGUAUUGUCACUACUGUAAUGUAAAAAGAUGGUAUUUAUAGUAUUUGUUUACAUAUGA